AAAAGAGUCAUGGCUAAACAAUUUUUACAAUUCCAGAAAUCCCAAACCCCUAAAGCCAAGAUUCUCUCUCCUUUUCUCCAUUGGCCUCUGAAAUAUUACAAUUAUUAUUGUUUCCUUAAUCAAUUCAAAUUUCAGUUCUUCAGUUCUCUGAUUUCAAUUCAUGGACUCGCCUUCCUCGGAGAACCACCCUCCAAUCACUAUUGGCUCGAAUCAGUUACUUAACAACUAAUGGUAAUACAAAUGACUCAGAGAUUCUGCUGCCUUCAUGGUUCACAAUGGAAGUGCUAAUAUUUGGUUUGGCUGAAAUGAUGAGGUGGGUUUUUUCUUCGUCUAGCGCUGCACAACGCUUAUUGGAGAAGCAUAGUCUGUGAAGUGCUACAUUUGAACCAAAGCUUGCUGAAAGCACUCAACUUGGACAUUGGCAUGCUGUGGUCUUUUGGCUAAGCAUUUGCAACUAUGGCAUUUCUUGUUUCUUUCAAAUGUUGAAUAAUGGCUACUAGCGAGUCCAUCAAUAUUUAUGAUUUUGGUACUGCUCUUGACAAAAAAAAGAUUAGAGUUCAAUGCAGCUAUUGUGCUAAAGUGGUCAGGGGCUUCUUCCGUCUCAAGUGCCAUUUAGGAGGUGUACAGAAAAAUGUAGUCCCUUGUGAGAAAGUUCCUGAAAAUGUUAAGGAAUCAUUUUUCUACAUGUUAGAAGAAAGGAAAAGAGAUGAUCUUUCUAAGGAAGUUGGAAAACUAUGUCAGCCAGGUAUGCCAGGGAAGAGAAAUUGGUGCCCUACCCCAAAUGGUGUCAAGCAAUUUAAGUGUGAACCCAGUCAAACUGCUGGUUAUGGAAACAAAAAGCAGCUAGAGAUGGAUUAUGCAGUAGAAGAUAACGUGGCAGAACAUAUUCCAGUUCCUAACAGAAGAUUAAAUUCAAAAACAGCCAUAAAUGGCGAUGCAUCAGCAUGGCAAGCCGAAAAAAACAUUGGCAGAUUUUUCUAUGAAACUGGUAUUGAUUUUAGUGCUGCCAAUUCUCCUAGCUUCAAAAGAAUGCUAAAUGCAACUCUUGGUAAUGAUCAGGUUAAGAUCCCUACUCUUCAGGAAUUGAAAGGGUGGAUUCUUUGGGAUGAAAAGAAAGAGAUGCAAGAAUAUGUGAAGAGGAUUAGACAUUCAUGGGCAAGUACUGGAUGCAGUAUUUUGUUGGAUGGAUGGGUUAAUGAAAAGGAUCAAUACCUGGUUAGUUUUGUGGUAGAAUGCCCUGAGGGUCCAAUUUAUCUUCAUUCAGCUGAUGUUUCAGCUAUCAUCAAUAAUGCAGGUGCAUUGCAAUUAUUACUAGAUAGAGUUCUCAAGGAGGUUGGGAUUGACAAUGUAGUUCAAAUUGUGGCAUGUUCAACAACAGGGUGGGUGGGAACUGUGGGAAAGAAGUUUAAGGAAAAGCAUGGGACAGUGUUUUGGAGUGUUAGCGCAUCUCACUGCAUGGAGCUCAUUCUAGAGAAGAUAGGGACACUAGAUGGCAUCAGAGGGAUAGUAGACAAGGCCAAGAUCAUUACAAAGUUCAUUUACAGACAUGGGGAGAUUUUGAAGCUUAUGAGAAAUCAUACACGUAGCUAUGACUUAAUAAAGCCGUCCAAGAUGAAAUUUGCUGUGCCUUUCUUGACCUUAGAGAAUAUUAUGUCAGAAAAGGAGAACUUGAAGAGCAUGUUUAUGUCAUCAGAGUGGAGGAACUCAGUCUGGGCUUCCACUCCAGAUGGAAUGACAGUGGCUCAUUUGAUAGAGGAUCUUUCUUUCUGGACAGGGGCUGAGACGACAUUGAAGGCAACCGUACCACUUCUCCGUGUUCUCUGUCUUGUUGCUGAGGCUGAUAAACCACAAGUGGCUUACAUAUAUGAAACCAUGGAUCAAGCGAAAGAGACAAUUAGUGAAGAAUUCAAAAACAAGAAAUCACAAUAUACUCCUUUCUGGAAAAUAAUUGACGAGAUCUGGGAUACCCAUCUCCAUAGUCCUCUACAUGCUGCAGGAUAUUAUUUAAAUCCAAGCCUAUUUUAUUCAACUGAUUUCUACUGUGAUCUUGAGGUUGCUGUUGACCUGUUGUAUUGUAUUGUUUGGAUGGUUCCCAAUCACCACAUACAAGAUCUAAUAUCUGUGCAACUUGAGGAGUAUAGACAUGCUCGAGGUGCUUUCAAAGAGGGGAGAGCUGUCGACAAAAGAACCACUAUUCCUCCAGCUCAAUGGUGGUCUGUCUAUGGGAAACAACAUCCUGAGCUGCAAAAAUUUGCUAUAAGAGUCCUGAGCCAGACAUGUGAUGGUGCUCUGAGAUAUGGGCUGAAGAGGAGUUUGGCUGAGAAGCUUCUCAUGAAGGGGCGUAACCCUGUUGAGCAACAACGAUUGAAUGACUUGGCAUAUGUUCACUAUAACAUGCACUUGCAGAACAGAAAACAAGGUCUUAAAAGUGGCGUCGUGGCUGAGGAGAUCGAUCCAAUGGAUGAUUGGGUUGUAGACAGAGCUCUGGAGUCUGCACCCAGAAAUGGUGGCUCAGAAUGGACGGAGGCAGACUGCUUUGAAGCCACUGAAAAUGUGGAAUAACCUCAUGAGACUGAAGCAAAGGAGGGUCCUAGCUAAGGUAUGUAAAAUGGAAGCUGUAGUUUAAAACUAAAAGGUUAAAAAGAAAAUGGAGAACACCAUGAAAUCCUUUUGUAACUAGAGUUUCUUACACUAUGUAUGGGAGGAGGUAGAGUAAACUAAACUAAGGUAUUGUAAAGUAUGAUUUUAUAAGGUAAGGUUUUUCAUGGUUUUUAAA